GCCACCGCCGCGCGACGUGUCCCGUUGCUUCUACCUAUAAAUGCCAACGGCUCCAAUCUCCUUUCCAACACACACAAGCAGUCGAUCGAUUCAUCCAAGCCAGAGUUGAGCAAUACUAGCAGUGAGAUUUACAGUGAUUUCACUUCGUGUUUGUUGGUGAGAGAGAAGAGCAGAGAAGACAAGAUGGCCUCCAACCAGAACCAGGCGAGCUACGCGGCCGGCGAGACCAAGGCCCGCACUGAGGAGAAGACCGGGCAGAUGAUGGACAAGGCGGGGCAGGCCACGGAGGCCACCAAGCAGAAGGCCGGAGAGGCCAAGGACAAGACGGCCCAGACGGCGCAGGCGGCCAAGGACCGCGCCGCCGAGAGCAAGGACCAGACCGGCAGCUUCCUCGGCGAGAAGACGGAGGCGGCCAAGCAGAAGACCGCCGAGGCAACCGAUGCGGCCAAGCAGAAGGCGUCGGAGACGGCCCAGUACGCGCAGGAGAGGUCCUCCGACGCGGCGCAGUACACCAAGGAGUCCGCCGUGGCCGGCAAGGACAAGACCGGCAGCGUGCUCCAGCAGGCCGGCGAGACGGUGGUGAGCGCCGUGGUGGGCGCCAAGGACGCCGUGGCGAACACGCUGGGCAUGGGCGGCGACAACACCAACACCGCCAAGGACAGCACCACCGAGAAGAUCACUAGGGAUCACUAGACGCAUACAUGCGUCCAAUCUUGCUAAUUUGCUUCCUUUACUCGUUUGGUCGUUCGCGGGCCCUUUACAUAUUUGUAUGUUUCCCUCUUUUGUGAUUUCCGCUCAUUUAGUGUAAGUUUGCCUUCGAUUUGAUGUACUACUCGUGUCCGGUUCUGUAAUGAGUUACUUAUAAUCCAUGUUUUACUUUGGUGUAAAUGGAUAACGAGGACAGUCGAAGGUGUCAAUAAAGUUCUUUUAGCACGGCA